AAUUCGAACUUCAAUUAGUUUUUUUUUCUUUUCCAAUUUAUAAAUUAUAUAUUUCCAAACGAAAUUCACACGAAAGAAAUUUUUGCUGAAUAAUUCUGGUGAAUGUGUGUGUAAAAAACGAAAAGUUCCAAUAAAUUAAUCGAAAAAACAUAAUGUGAUUAUCAUCUAUUAUCGUUACAAGGAAAAAUAUUAAUCAAUCAAUUAUUACACCUGCAAGGUUUCAUAUUUGCGAUCUGUCAAAAAAAAGGAAGAAAGUAAAGGGGUAGAUCUUUGACGAACGAAAAAACAAUAACCAAUCGAAUAUUGUUGAGAAAUAAAACACUCACACACACAAAAUCAACAACUAUGCCUAUCAUUCAUUCUGGUGUUAAAAUUCAAUCGAUCAAUAAUAAUGUUAUGAAUUUGACGAAUGGUGGUCAUAAUCAUCACCAUCAUCAUCAUCAUAAUCAUCAUAAUCGUCAUCAUCAACAGCAGCAGCAACAACAGCAACAAAAAAAUUCUUCAAAUUCAAAUCGUUCACGAAUGAUGAUGAGAAAUAUGAUAAUUCAUGAACAUGAACCAACUGUUUCGACAACAUUAUCAUCAUCAUCAACAAUGAAUAAUAAUUGUAAUAAUAAUACAAAUUCUCAUCAACAAUAUCAAAAUAAUACGAAUAAUCAUCAUCAUAAUACUAAUAAUCAUUCAUCAAAUGGACAUCAUCAUCAUCAUCACCAUAAUAGUAAUAGUCAUCAACAAAAUCACCAUAAUAAUAAUUCUGUAAGCCGUAAUAACCGAUCUGUACCAUCAUCAUCAUUAUCAUUAAUAAUGGCUAUUAAUCGUUUUAAAAAUUCGGUAAAAAAUAUGAAAGAAACAGUAUUGAUACCGACACGUUUAAAUGAUUUGGCUACAUCAACAAUCGAUAAUGAUAGUACGGCAGCUGAUAAUCAUAUUGAUGAUCAUAUGGCAAAUGGUUAUUCAGAUUCUGAUUCAGAUAAUAAUUUAUCAACAGUUGAUAAUCAAAAUAAUGGUUUUGUUGUUGGUGAUGGUAAUCAUAAUGAUAAAAAUCAUCAUUCCAUAUUACAACGUAGUCAAACAUUGCCUAAUGGUGUUGGUGGUAACAAUAAUCUGAUCCUCAUCAAACAACAACAACAACAGCAAACAUCGAUACCACUUGGACAGCAACAAAAUCUUUAUGAACAAUUUAAAUUGUUAGAGUUGAUCGAUAAAAUCCUAUCAACUGACACUAUUUUGUCAUAUAAUAGCCGAAAUUUUUCUUCAUCGAUACGAUCAAAUACAACAAAUGGUGGCUAUAUUGAUCAUCAUUAUCAACAGGGAUAUGAUAAAAAUAACAAUCCACGACGACGAUUUAUUAUAUCGAAUUUAGAUGAAAAUGGUGUCAAAUUAUUGUCAAAUGAAACUUCAGGCGAUGAAUCGAUUAUCAUUAAAGAUGAACCAACAACAAUAACUAUGGAAAAUAAUGAUGGAUCAUCAUCAAUGAUUGGAAAUAAACCUACUCUUAUUCGUCAGUCAACAACAACAGGAAACGAUAUUCAUAAUAAUGAUAAUAAAAGUCGAAGUAAUAGUCCCGAUAUUAGUAACGGUUCAUGUAAUGGCCAAAUGAAAAUCAAUAUGAAUGAUUCAAACAGUCAAUAUGGUACACCAAUUAUAACCGAUUGUUCAUUAUUGAAAAUCAAAGAAAAACUGGAAUAUCAUUUAAUUUGUUUGAAAAGUAUAUUGAAUAUGAUGAGCGAUGGAGCCGAAUUAAUAACACAUACUUAUUUGGAAGAUAUACAAUCGGGUGAAGAUCGUUUUGAUCAAUCAUUACUUGGGGGUAAUAAUAACCAAAAUGGUUCGAAUAUUAGUGGUGGCGGUGGUUUAUCAUCAAUAAUCGAUGGACAAUUAGAUUCAAUGAUUACACCACGUCAUUAUUAUACAAGUAAUUAAACAAUGCAAUAUUCGAUCAUGGUCACACAUUGAUUGAUCAAUCAAUCAAUCAAUUCGAUGGUCACAAAAUAUAAUGAUUAUUCCUAUUUAAUUUGAUGUCUGAU